GAAAAUCAUUCUGAAAUUCUUAAUCCUGUUAUUUUGACGAUUCUUCAUAGUCGAGGCUUUUUUAGUGAUAUGCAAUAUCUUUCAGAGAUUUUACUUCCAAUUAAGGAUGCUAUUUUGUCAGUUGAAGCAAAUUGUUCUACACUUGCUGACUGUUAUAUUAAUUUGAUGAGAAUUGCUGGGCAAUACAAAAUCUUUCUACUGAUGAAUAUAGAGGAUUUCGCAAUUAUUGUAUUAGAAACAUACAAAGGUAUUAUAUUAAAAUUUGGUACAUUUCCUUUAAUUGCAAGUUAUGCUGGAAAGUUAUGGCAACAAAUGGGCAAAUCUCAAGAAAAGCAAGAACAAAAUAUAAAUGGAAAUCCAAAUCCUUAUGUUGCCCCCUAUACAAUUGGUAGUGAUAUGCCAUUGAUAUGGUGGAAUACUUGUGAAGCUAAACCUAACCAUUUGCAACACUUGGCUGUUAAACUUUUUUCUAUUACACCAAGUUCUGCUAAUUGCAAAAGAAUUUUUUCAUCAUUAGGAUGGAUUUAUGAAAAUCAUCGAACACGAUUAGAUAUAGAUCGAUUAGAAGGGCUGGCAAAAGUUUAUCGGUUCAAUUUAUCAAAUCCUAUAGAUCAACUUCAAUUGUCUAAUCCUACUGAAGAUCUUUAUUCUAAUGAACUAGAUUUAAAUUUGAAUAUUUCAAGUUUUAUUGAUCUUCAUUUUUCAGUUUUUACAAACUCUGAAGAUCGUUAUGAAAAUGAGGUGUCAAAUGAAAUCGAGUCAGAUGAUGAUUUACAAGAAAAUGAAUAUGACGUAGAUGAAAUUGUUUCUAGACAGUUCAACGAUUCAUAUUAG